UCAGAUCACAACUGCAUGCCACAGUUCACAUCUUUCAGUGUGGCGCAGGACUGGUCCUCUCGCUUGCACUCUGCUCUCACUGCCUCCCUGCGAUGGCUAGACAAAUAUGCAUAAAGAAAAAACGCUCACGAGUCACGACCGACCAAUGCAACAGCGAAGCCCUCAGUCCCACGGAACAUCUCCUCCGACCUCUCCCCUGCGGAUAGAACCGCGGUUCUGCCAACAGACAGACACAAAGGAACGACGGAUAUGAACUAGUCUUCAACAGGGCGCUGAAGCUGGACAGUCAACACGGACGAGCCCUGCUUCACUCACUCCUCUUCAUGCCUUGCGUUUCUCCUUUCUUUCAGUCAACAAUUAAUCUGCGACCAACGCUCUAUGACCGAACGUGUUCCAUAUUUUUCACAGCUGUAAUUGCCUGACACGUUUUUCAGAACGGCUACCUGGACUUGACAAGACGGCAGAGAAGCAGUGUCUCCGAACACUGUUCAAUGAUCGGGACUUUUCUUGCGGAAAAGAGGAGCAUCUUGGUGACUCAUAGGCUACUCUUGAAUUAUUUGCUUUAUUUUGACUCUUACUGAGAAUUCAUGCGCGCCUGCCUUCAAUGAGGGUAUCCUGCGUUUUUUGCAUCCCGCCUUUUGAAUGAUGAUAACCACGAGACAGAAAAAAUCCCGCGCUGGUUUUCCCGCACGUUUGGGCAGUUAGUCUUUAAAUAGCUAUUACUUGCUAAUGACAGGUAUAUUGGAGAUGCCACAGGUGCAUGGUAUGAAUUUUAUAUGAAACAGAUGCUCAGAUCACAUAUUAUUAAGUGCACCGAAUAUGAAUGAGUACAUCAUUCUGUUGUAUGUGUUUUUUUAUCAGCUUGGAUAGAUAGUUGAAUAUGGUUGUGAGGUGAAGUAAUUUACCUGCCUUCUGAACUGCAAACAACUUCAAUGUCCCUCUGCAUUCUGUAUAGCUAUUAACCCAGACUGUAGCAUAAUGGACCUCAAAGUAGAAUCUGAAGAAAUGGACUGCAAGAAGCCACCCCCCAUUGAGGUUUUUGCGCACAACUCAACACUGCACGGAAUUUCGCACAUCUUCACCUAUGAGCGAGUCUGCAUCAAGCGCUGUCUAUGGGUCGUGUUCUUCCUGGGCUCCUUGACUUUACUACUGUUUGUGUGCGUGGACCGAAUACACUUCUACCUGGAGUAUCCGCACGUCACCAAACUGGACGAGAUCUCGACCCCGACGAUGGUGUUCCCCGCUGUCACGUUCUGCAACCUAAACUUCUUCCGCUUCAGUCGCGUGACGCGCAAUGACCUGUACCACGCAGGGGAGCUUCUCGCGCUACUCAACCAGAGGUAUGAGAUUAGGGACACCCACCUGGUGGAGGACAGUGUUCUGGAGGCCCUGAAGGUCAAAGCUGACUUCCAAAAUUUCAAGCCUCGCCCAUUCAACAUGCGCGAAUUCUAUGACCGCACGGGACAUGAUAUCAAGGACAUGUUGCUGGCAUGUCACUUCCGGGGGGCCGAGUGCAGAGCCGAGGACUUCCAAGUGGUGUUCACUCGCUAUGGGAAGUGUUACACGUUCAACGCGGGUGGUGAGGGCCACACCCCUCUCAUAACUACAAAGGGAGGGAUGGGUAACGGGCUGGAGCUCAUGCUGGACAUUCAGCAGGAUGAGUACCUCCCUGUGUGGGGAGAGACAGACGAGACAACGUAUGAGGCUGGGAUCAAAGUUCAGAUCCACAGUCAGGAGGAGCCUUCCUUCAUCGACCAGCUGGGCUUCGGGGUGGCACCUGGGUUCCAGACCUUUGUUUCCUGCCAGGAACAACGGCUGAUAUAUUUGCCCCCACCAUGGGGGGACUGUAAGGGGACACGGAUAGACUCAGAAUUCUUUGAGUCCUACAGCAUCACCGCCUGCCGUAUCGACUGUGAGACGCGCUACCUGGUGGAGAACUGUAACUGUCGCAUGGUACACAUGCCUGGAGAUGCCCCAUACUGCACCCCUGAGCUGUACAAAGAGUGUGCUGAUCCAGCUCUUGACUUCCUGGUGGAGAAAGACAAUGAUUUCUGUGUGUGUGAGACGCCGUGCAACAUGACCAGAUACAGCAAGGAGCUGUCCUUCGUCAAGAUCCCCAGCAAGGCCUCUGCCAAGUAUCUGGCCAAGAAAUACAACAAGUCAGAGCAGUACAUAGCUGACAAUAUCCUGGUUCUGGACAUUUUCUUUGAGGCUCUAAACUAUGAGAUGAUCGAACAGAAGAAAGCCUAUGAAGUAGCAGGACUUUUAGGUGAUAUUGGAGGUCAGAUGGGUCUUUUCAUUGGAGCCAGUAUCCUUUCUAUUCUGGAGCUGUUUGACUACAUCUAUGAGGUGAUAAAGUACAAGCUCUGUCGAUGCUCAGAGAAGAAACACAAGCACAGCAACAACGACCAGGGAGCUGUUCUGAGCCUGGACGAUGUGAAAUGUCACGUCAGUAACUUUCACUAAGCAUUUGCAGCUCUCAGAAGAAGGCAGCCAUAUUGCUUCAUGUCUAAACAUCUCAAUGAAGAAUUUCAUGUGCAUGAAGCCAGGUUGUUUUUGUAAAAGAAAAUGUGUUCUAAAUGAACGUACCUGGUGAAUGUGUGUGGGGGGAUAUGUCUAGUUUUACCUUGCACACAGCAGGAUACAAGACAACCAAUCCAAUGAUCCACAUGUAUCCAUUGGAUUUCAUUGUCUAAUGUAAAUGGCUUUGCAACAGAACAAUGGAAUACCAAAUCGAAGAUCAAAUAUACAAAAGUGUUAUCUCUAAAACUUCUGUUGAUAUUUUUUUCUGAGCAACAGAUAAGAAAAUAUAGUUAAAAUGGAUAUCAAUUGAGGUUGUGUUGUUGUGUAUCAGCUUGAGAAACAUGUCUUCACCCCAUCAAUUUCCAUCAAGUUGUCUUAAAAUCUUAGUGUCUAAUUUAAAAGGGUGCUUUCUACAAAUGUUUAAAGCAUAUCUGCAAAAGGAUACACUUUUAAAUGCAUGACUAUAUUGUCUGUUAACUCUGCUUUUCUCACUGGGUGUCUUUCAUGAGUUUACAGGGUAGGUAGCAUAAACGUAACCACAUGUAACAUAUGGAUUUUCAUUAGUAUACGCAUCAAAAGUCAAAAUGCAAAGUUACACCUCACUUUUCUAUUUUUUGAGUAUUACAUAAAACCGAUCAGAAUUCCGAAGAAUACCGAAGUCAUGUUGGAAAAUGUUUUCCCGGGAUGUGAUGUAAUAUUGAGGACCUGGCAAGCCAGCCUUUUCCAUAUAAUGUAAACUCAGACAGAAAUAACUUAAAAUAUAUAACUUAAAAUUAAACCAAAUCAUUUGCACUCAUGACUACUGGUUUCAAUUGAAUUUUCGGCCAACUUACAAACAAAUACUUUAUGAAUUUAUUGUUACAAAUCAAUGUGCAAGGUUGCUAGCCAACUAGCCUGUUAACGGUAUCCCUAGUAGCCUUUUAACGUUAGCCCUACCAGCCUGCUAACAUCAUGUCAGGUAGGUAACAAUAGCUAUUUAGCCAACUAGCUAUUAGCCUAGCUAGCCUAGCCAACCACCACAAACACAACACAACUAUAACCGCAGAUCAAAAGCAAAGAAAGAGCACAGACUUACAGAUUGAUAGCUGGGGCCCAUCCGAUAGUAAAACUAUUAAAAGAGUACAGGCUGAGUUAGCUACCAAAGCAAGGGGGAGGCGGGUGCUUCACCAGGGAGGGAGAGUCAGGGAAAUCCAAUUGCUAUAUUGCGAGAAAAAUCCAAAAUAGAUAGAUUCCAGAUGUCAGUCAGCUAGUGGGCUAGCACUAAGCCAAGGUGGAAAAAGUUACUCACGUAGCCAGAGAACUUGCCGAAAAGUUGACAAAACAAAAAGGAGAACAGAUGCGGUACUACACAAUUAGAGCAAGCAGAUAUGUUUUUCUCUUUCUUUUUGAGCCCACAGUAAGAAGGCACCAGAGCCUGACGUGCUAACAGGUUCCCACUAAAGAGCAUGAGGAUGCAGCAUGGCCGCACGUGCCCAUCUGUUCAUUGUUUACAUCACACUUCCUCCUGAUUGGUGGAUUGUAGCUCACCACGGUCAACACUUGGUCUGGAAUGUAAUUACAUGCUAGCAUGGCUAGUGGCUAACGAUAGCCAGUUUGAGCAAACUACCGAGCUAGCAUACAAACUCGGUAGCACAGAGUAGAUUAUCCAUAUGACAUUGAGAAAUAGUGCAUUGUGGGUAGUUUAGAAGAUAUCCGGAAAUAAGUUAAUAAAUAUGUAUUAACCCAAAAAUAUAACUAUAUUUGUACUUAUGGGUAACCAGAUCAUGACUACAACUAAGUUACAAAGUCUUUGAUCACACUGUGUUGUUACAUUGGUGAGUAAAAACUCAUGCUUCCUACCCUUUAAGUUUAACUUGUCUUUUUGUUUUGUUAUUUGCUCAUACUCCCACUCUUUUUUUUGUCACCCUAUCCAUUUCACAUUAUCCACCCCAGUCUCUCCAUGACAAUGCUCAUCCACCACCUCCAUACUCUGCCAAUAUGCUACUUUAUCACACAGAGCGGAGUAACUCAGAGGACUUCACCUGCUGAGCCAAUCAGAACACAAGGGAGUAAGGAAGUGGAGCAUUUCAGUUUGAUUCAAAAGUAGACAGAUGUCAGAGUAUAAAGCUUAUUUGUACAGAAUCUUGAUGAUGGGAAAUACGUAACACUUCAAUAGCACUUAAUUCUCCACUGGUGCAAGAGUAGUGCUAGCCACGUAUAGCUUGCUUGAUGAUAAUGACUGCAGCCACAAUGUCAUGAAAGUGGCUAUUUCAACCCAUGUAUACUGAACAAAAAUAUAAACUCAACAUGCAACAAUGUAAUUGAUUUUACUGAGUUACAGUUCAUAU